CUUCAUCUCCAGAUUCUGUUAAUGAAGACACGCCGCUAUGUGCCAUUACAGCUACUCUUGGAAAACCCUUAUCACCCGUUUCUCUUUCGUCAAGGAAUGAGUACUCAGCUCUCUCAUUUUGCUCUGCAGUUCGACCUUCAUCUCUUUAUUCUGAAAUUUCUGGAGAAGACAGUGGUUACUUUCCAACACCGACAUUUGAAACAGGUCUUACUGAAUCAAUUUCAAUUACUGAUCAUAAAUUACUACUUUCUAAGUCAGUAAUUUCAAAUUCUGAGCUUCAACAAUCAAGUGUAGACAUAACUGAACAGACACCCAAAUCUCCUGAAUCAGGAAUCACAGAGUUUACAGAGACUGCUGGUAGUGGUAAGUCCUUAAAGAAGGUUAAAGUGCCCAUCUAUAAACUUGUUUAUGGUGCUGAAUUUUGGAAGCUAAGUUCUCAAAUACAUGAUCUUCACUAUGUCGGACAGACAAGUAAAACUGGGUUUUUUGAGUAUGCUGGAACAAAAACGGAGUAUGUUCUGGAGGAUUCAGAGGACAGACCACUGUCACCUGAUUCAGAAAACAGGUCUUUAUUGCUGGAGGAAAUUACAGAUUCUCCAGAUUCUUUGAAAGGCAUCUGCUCGGAUUCCCCAGUUCCUCUUAUUUCCCCUUACUUUUCUAACAUUUCAGAGUGUCACUCAUCUUUACCAGAAUCAGCUGUGUCAACCAAUGGAUCAGACCACAACAAAAGGAGGCCUUUAUCACAUGUUUCUGUAAUAUCUGCAGAUGGAAGUGCUCCAUUUUUACCUGAUUCACCCUUACAAGACUUCAGACCUGUUGUACCUGAAUUGCACACAGCUGCCUUUGGAUAUAGGUCCUCCAAACCAGAGUCAUUGCUUUCACAUACUGAAUAUGGCUUCUCAACUUCAGUGGUCUUUACAGAUGAGAGAACAGACUCAGCUUCCAAUCUUGAAGACAAGAUGUCAGCAGCCGAUGAAACAUUUAGGGCACACCAGAUGAUAUGUCAGCUGUAUGAUCCUCAUUAUGUAGGAGAAGGUUUUGUAAACAGAGCUGAAAUAGUUGAUGAUACUGGGACCAAUCUAGAAUGUAUUCAACUCGAUUCAGAUGUGGAAGAGAAGGAAUUUUCUGCUUUAUCUUUUGAACCUUCAGUUUCAUCAGAGUUUAGUCCUGCUGAGUCCUGCAUCCUUGGCAGUCCAGGGUCUUUCAAUUCAGAAACUGCAUUGCGGCCACUUUCACCAGAGUCAGUCAUGGAAUAUAGGCCCAUGUCACCUGAAGACUUAGUGACAGAAAUAAGAAGAUGGUCUCCUGACUCAAGGGCAUCCAUUAAUGAGUUUAGGCCUCUAUCUCCAGACUCUCCUCUACCACCACCAUUCAACCCAGAUAUAGAAGAAGGUGUGUUAGUUUUUGGGAGCAGGUCAUCAUCACCUACAUUUCUCAUGCUGGACAAUGACUUAGAAGUUUUGGACAUGGAAUUUGUUGAGGCGAAGAGGGGAUCACUUACACCAGAUUCUGAAAAUGAAUUUAGGACACUUUCCCCUGAUUCACCUAUACCUGAAUUCAAACAUUUUAUAUUUCACCCCCCAAGUGUUUCGAAUGCUGAAUGCAGGUCCAGUUCAACUGAAUCUGUUUGUUUUUCUGAUUUAGAAUUUGAAGAGGGUCGAUUUGUAUCAAUGGCAGAUGAACGCCGACUUCCAUCGCCUGAUUCAGGCUUAUCUAGAGACGAAAGUCAAACUCAAUCACCAGAUUCAUCUGAACCUCAGGUCAUGUCAGGAGUAGUUGAACGUUACCCAUCGUUUGUUGAGUUUAGAUCAACAGUUAUGUCUGAUGUUAAGUAUUCAUCUUUAGCUAACCGCUUACUUGAUACUGAAGAUAGGCCGGUUGUUGUAGAAUCAUUAGAAUCAGAAACUGAAGAGAAACCUUUGACCUUUGACUCUACAUCAGAGCAUAGCAUUUCCUCACCUGUAUCACUAAUGGCAAAUGUCACAUCAUCUUCUCCUGAAUCAAGUGGCUCUCUAAACAAAUCAGGUCAUUUACCAAUUUCCACUCUUUCUUGUGUCGAUGCCAGUGGUCACAGGUCGUCAUCACCUGAAUCGGUAACUUCAGAAAUAGAAUAUGCUCCUUUGAUUUCACAGAUGUUUGAUGUUAAGGACAGACCAGAGUCCUGCCAAUCAGAUGUGUCUGACCUCAGAUGUUUGUCUCCUGACUCUCCACUACCCCAGUACACCACCAUGUUAGAAGUCAAAUACCGGCCCUUAUCACCCAUAUCAGUAUAUUCAGAUGAAGAUUCAGAGAGAGAUUUGUGUGCCACGGGGCUUUUUAAGGACAGAGCCGAAUCUUCUGAAUCAGCUGCAUCAGAGUUUAAACUUUUACUAGACUCACCAAUUCCUGGAUUUAGACCAGAUCUAGAACCAUCGAUAUCAUAUACAGACUUCAGGUCUUGUUCACCUAAAUCUGUGUUAUCUGAUUUUGAAACAGAGUUAUAUUCUCUGGUCCCAGAAGGCCAGCAUUCAUCUCCAGAAUCCUUACCAUCUGUGAGCAAAUACACAAGUCUUUCUCCUGAUUCCCCUGUACCUGACUUCAGACGGGGUUUGCCAGAAACUAAUGUUGAGUUCAAAGCUCACGGGUCAUCGUCACUUGAAUCAGUGGCUUCAGAAACAGAAUAUGCUCCUCUGAUUUUACAGAUGUUUGAGGACAGGGCAGAAUCUCCUGAUUCAACUCAGUCAGAAGAUCAUUUUAAACCCCUUUCACCUGACUCACCCAUUCGGUUACCUCGUGAGUCUCACAGUGCUUUAAGGUCCAUGCACCCUGAGUCAGUGCUUUCAGACCUAAAAACAGACCUCCCAACACUUGGUAAACCACUUUCUCCUGAAUCUCUAUCACCAGAUAAACUUUCGCCUGAUUCACCUGUACCUGACUUUGUGAAAACACUGUUUAGAGUACCCAAAAAUGUCUUUGCACAAAGAUCGGCAUCUCAUGAGUCAACAUGUUCGGACGAUGAAUAUAUUUUUAUAAGUUUAAGCUCACUAGCUCAUGACAUGAGAUGCUCUUCACCUGGCUCGGUAGCUUCUGGAGAUGAGUACCAAGUGCAGUCACCAGACUCGCCAAUACCCGAUUACACACCAGGAAUGCCAGAACGUGUCAUUGUAAAUGUUGGGUAUCGCUCAUCCUCUCCUGAAUCCAUCGAAUCCGAUGUCGAGUACGCUGUGAGGGACUUUCUGAUGUCCACAAUUUUCUGUGUUGAGAACAGACCAGAUUCUCCUGAAUCAGUAGAAUCAGAAACAGAAGAAAGGCCGCUCUCUGUUGAAUCUAUACCAGAAUACAGACCCAUGUCUCCUGGGUCAUUAGUGCUACUUGGAAACAUUAGAUCAGUAUCUCCAGAAUCUACUCGGUCAUUGGAUGAACACAAGAAGCUUUCUCCAGACUCACCUCUCCCUUGGUUUGCACAAAAUGUUUUUGAGGCUCCAGCAGCAGGAACACUUUAUGGGAGCUCAUCCUCUGAAUCAUUAUCAUCAUUAUUUUCAGAUCUGGACUGUGAUCGGACAUAUUCUCCAUUUAAUGCAAACAUCACUACCAAGAGAGCAUUGUCAGCGCAGUCCGAAAGAUCAUUUGACGAACUCCUGGGAUCUGAAUCACCAGUGCCCGACUUCACAAAGACUUUUGUGGAAACUUUCACGUGUGUGAGAAACAUGUCACCAUUAGACUUUUCAGAUUCUGACAGUUUAUCCCAGGCUUCAGCUCCAUUCUGUAUGGAAGAAAGAACAACAUCACCUGAAUCUUUAGUAUUAGAUACGGAGGAAACACUUGCAUCCAGAUCAUCUUUAAAGGAAUCAAAAGACCCACCUGACCCUAAAGAAUCACUAAUGAUGGUAACUGAGUAUAAUCUCGCUGAUGAAGCUGAACGAUGGAGUCCAAGUUCUCAAGCAAGUCAUCUUCAGUGUGCCAGAGAAACUUUGCAUAGUAAAGAAAGGUUUACAGAGUUUGUUGACGAGAGAAGUGAAACAGAUAUAAACAAGCAAGACGUGACGGUCACACGACCACAUUCAGAGGAGGCAGACUCACGUCCACCUAUGACUGAACACAUUUUCUCUUCGCGAGCACUUCCAUACAGACAGGGAAAGUCUAUAUUUGAAUUGCCUGAGGCAGAAACACAGGAUGAAGAUUCACCAGAAUCCUCCAAUGCAGUCGUGUUAGACGUAAGAGCACCAGGACCUGUGACAUCAGUCAGUCAGUUCAGACCACUUUCACCAGAUUCUCCAGUACCAGAACUUACUGUGGCAUUGUCAGAGUGUGUAAGGUUUCCCAGAUCAUCAUCGUCGUCACCUUUAGCGUUGGGUUCAGAUCAUACGCCACUGAAUGUAGACUUUGACUUUGUAGAAUUCAGACCAUCAUCUGUGGAAGUUCCACGGUUUGAUGAUCAAAACGAGACAGACAGGCCACUAUCCUCUGAGUCCUCUGAAUACAUACCUGUGUCAUUCGAAUCUGCCGUACACAUGGCUGACAAAAGAGCCUCAUCUCCAGAAUCAAUGCCAGAGUUCAAUGAGAACAGGCCGCUGUCUCCAGACUCUCCCAUCCCUCAGUUUACAGAGUCGUUGGAGGCUUACAGCACAAUUUGUGAGUCAUCAACUGAAUCACAGAGUUCAGACUCAGAGUACGAGUUGAUUGUCAAAUCAUCAAAAGUUGCUGGUAGUGACAGACCAUCCUCACCUGAAUCUGUGUCGUCUCUCGGUGAGUCUGAACAACUGUUACCUGACUCACCGGUACCUGAAUUUAUGAGAAUAUUGUCGUCUUAUUUUAUGAAUGCCACUCCAGUAGAUAGAUCAUCUUCUCCGGUUUCUUUGGCAUCAGACUCUGAGUUUGUGGCCUUGCCUGUUGAUUGUUGGAUUAAUGAUAUUUCGCGACCUUUGAGCCCUGAAGCUGCGGAAUCAGAGGAGGAAUUAGACUCUGAUCCAUCUUCAUCGUUACUUAUCAAAAGCCCAAUAGCGAUGUCGCCGUUAGUAAUUCAAAUUGGGGAUAAGUCUGGUGAAGAACGUCCUAAGUGGCAAGAAAUGAAAGAAUUACAACCAGAAUUUGGGUCAUACAAAGAAUGGAUGGAGCCCGGAUCCGAGGUUGGAAGCUUCUCAACUUCCCAAACCACCGUCUGUGAGGAAGACUCACAUGUUAACGAUGGUGAAGGAAAGCAGAAGAAGACCCAGCCUGCUAGUGGUGAUGAUCUAAAGACCAAGCUAGCCUCUCAAAGGGCUCCUGAGACACCAAAGGAAAGGUUUCAAACAGUCGAUGACACACAGCUUCAGUCUGCCACAACAAUAACACAGCAGAGCAGCAACAUAGGUGUGCUCUUUGGUGAAGACGAGCCGAUGGCGUCAGUCCCUCUACAGCUGCCUGAACACAGCACAUACACAACUCACAGAGCUGUUACUCCAAUUCUGCCUUCACGUGAGAAGGCUUCGUUUGCAUCCCACAGGUGCUCUGAGUGGGCAGCACGAUCUAGUGAGCACUUUCCACCCUCGCCAGCUCCUGAUCGAGAUCAGGCAAUGCUUCAAGAACAUCUGAGAGCUCCUGACUGUAGCCAUGUGUCCUCGAAUGACAGGAGCCUCCUGUUGUCAGUGUCAGCUAAGCUUGAGAGCCAAGCUCUGACUAAGAGAGAGUCUGAAACCCUUGGAGACACCGAAGACUCUUCACCAGACUUGAAGAAGGUCCUCACAGGAACCAGAGAGAAACAAGCGUCCGAAUCUGAAUUAGGUAAACCGAAUGACCCAGUAAAGCAGCACUUCUCUGAAUCUCCACAGCACUCUGAUUCAGAUACGGAGUUCUUCGACUGCAGACAAGCCUUCUCUGACUUUUCUGAACCAGAAGAUGUGAUUUCCUAUCAUAUCUCUGAACCGCCUUCACCAGUACCUGGGAGUAGUCUUGGCCUGCAGCGCGCUACUCAAGCAAACCAGCUCUUCUUGCGGGCAGAAGAUAGAAAUCUCUUCUCUACCAGUGAAAGUCUUCCUGAAUUUGCUUAUGAUGUAGAGUAUCAGACAGACAGUGGGCUCCCCGUGCUGGAGGAGCUGCCUUCCAGAGAUCAGGCAGAAUACUGUGACGAUGAUGACUUCCUGGGACGGGUAAGGUUGAGCAUGAGCACGGUGCUGUCUGGUUAAAGCUGAUUGCUGUGGACCUGCAUUCCUAAAUCAAGAGAAGCAAGCAGGCUGUACUUUGGAGACUAAAAGACACUGAAAAUGCUUUUGUGUGCAUAAAUAUUAGAAAUAUUGUCAUAACACAAACACGUCUUCCUCACACCAGUGUGCUGUUUGGGUUUGUUUGUUUGCAGUAUCUCAAACUGUUGAUGAAAUGCACGAGCUGCUGUAAGGAAUCUUUAACAGAGACAUUUGCACCUGUUUGAUUUCUGCCUGUUGUAGUUCAUCCCACUAAUAUGUACUGAUAAUUGCCCCUUAAAUAUAUGCAAAAAGAAGCUAUCAAGGAUACAUUUUGUUUAUGCACAGCUCUCUUAAGGUAAAGACUUGAGUUCUGGUCUUUGGACUCCAGCUCGAGUCUUUUAUUUUUAGCCGUUCUGUUGCAGAUUUGUUUGAGUACUUCAGACCCCCCCUUUGUUCUUCAGUAGUGGUAGAGUCUUCGGUACAGGUGGCCUUACAUUUGACUCUGGGAUUCAGGACUUCAUGGUGAACUCACUGACUGCACGUGCCCAGGCCAAGUGCAGCUCAUCGCCUCUAACUCUGCUAACAAUGUUUCCACUUUGACUUGUUUGGACGUCAGAUUGAUGGACAGCAACGAUUUCUGGCCAACAAUCUGGGCAGUUCAUUGCUGAGUUCAUUGCUUGUGUUGAUGCACACCUGAAUGCUGUCGACUUCUGCUCAC